CCACUCCAAAAGACUUCCUAAUUGGGAAAAUCCGUUGCCAAUAUCACCAUCCUGAUAAUAAACCCAAGACAACCGCCAUUCUCUGUGCAUAUAAAUAUCAGCAGACGGACGCAGAAGUUUACAGAUAUCCUCAACCCUAUCAAUCUUCAAACUAAACUAUCUCUACGUCAAGCUACCCAACUUCAGUCUGCAAAAUGUGCCACCACGACGAAGUCAAAGCCAACGGCUGGACCAGCACCCCAGCCGACGCCGGCGCGAUCUUCAAAGACCAAUCCUUCCUCCAAAAAGUCGAUCCCAUCCCACUAGACACGAUGAAAUUCCCCGCCGACGACCCCGUCGUCGCAAAGACAAUGGAGUACGCGCGGGCGGUCCUGCACCCGGAGACCUUCAACCACUCCAUGCGAGUCUACUACUACGGAAUGGUAAUCACCCACCAGCAAUUCCCCUCGCACGCCGCGACCCUGAACCCUGUAACCUGGGCCCUGACCUGCCUGCUGCACGACCUGGGCACCGCAACAGAGAACCUCACCGCGACGCGCAUGUCCUUCGACAUCUACGGCGGCAUCAAAGCUCUUACCGUCUUGCAGAACUUCGGCGCGACCGCCGACCAGGCCGAGGCCGCCGCGGAGGCCAUCAUCCGCCACGAGGACAUGGGCGUCGACGGCACGAUCACCUUCAUCGGGCAGCUGAUCCAGCUGGCGACGACCUACGAUAACACGGGGUAUCAUCCCCAUGUGUCCGGGUUUGAGGGGUUGGUGCAUGCGGCCACACGGGCGCAGAUCAACGAGGCGUAUCCCCGGUUGAAGUGGUGCAGUUUCUUUGCCGGGGUGAUUCGGAAGGAGGAGGCCGUCAAGCCGUGGUGUCAUUCGACGCAUUUGGUAGGGUUUGACCGUGAGAUUGAGGCGAAUGAGUUGAUGGCAAGGUGGGAGUGAGGGGGGCUCCGUCGAGGUUUAUGGGAGGUGUGGGGGUGCUAGAGUGGCUGGUGCUUUCGCUGAGGAUGUUGGAAAAGAUGUUAGGGAGAUGAAAAAGUGUCAUUAGAUUUCACUUAGAGGAGUUGGAGAAUGUCGGACUUUAUUAUGCGAUAAAAUUUCGGGAAGGAUAGGUUUGGAUAUAGUCUUGCUUAGGUCCAAGACGCCCUCUGUAGACGGAUACAGUACGGAGGAGGUUGAGUUACCACCGGCUUUGUUCAGCUUGGGAAUCUUAACUACAGAUCACCAGACUCUCACACGCCAUUACUGCGUUAUGCUAGUACCCGGCGU